UAAGGCUAUCCAUAAAACACCCCCAAAAAUCCAAAAACUUGUCCCAUAAUCAAGGGCCAAAGAAUAUGCUCUACUCUAGCACAUGCCAAUGUAACUUGCCUUGUGGUCAACUAUAACGCCACAGGAGCAGACCAAUUCAAGGUAAUGUCCCUCAACAAGAACAAGAGAGAGAAUUACUUGCCCUUCACUACUUCCCCUACUCCUACUCUCCCGCAAUCCCUUCUCUUCUCCCUCGGCCAACUCCCCCUCAAAAGAAUCUCAUCCUCUUAUAUCUACAGCAACAACGCCAUCCCUUACCGACAUUUUCCUUAACUUCUCCGAAACACGCCCGCACGAGAAAGAGACCCCAACCAACCUUUUGCCCCCCUUUUUAACCGCCCCAGCUGCCUCUUUGUCUUUCCAAUUCCUAAUGGAGUCCGUCGCCUCCAAUUCGACGCCGCCCAGCAGCCGCCGCCAUGGCCACCACCAUCCGUCGAGCGAGCUCUUCGGGCCGUCCCAGCCGACCGUGGACCGGAUAGUCCGCGCCGUCAGCCACCACCUCCUUCUUCUCCACCGCUCCGAGUCCGCCUUCUUCGUACUCGGCGCCACGGGGAACGUGUACACCGUGUCGCUGUCGUCCAGCCCCUCGUGCACGUGCCCCGACCGCGUGACCCCGUGCAAGCACAUAUUGUUCGUCUUCAUCCGCGUGCUCGGCGUCCCCCUCGACGACUCCUGCCUGCAGCGGCGGACCCUCCGGCCGUGCCAGCUGCAGCGCCUCCUCGCAACGCCGUCCUCGCCCGAGGCGAUGGCGGGGCCCAGCCUCCGGGAGAGGUUCCACCGGGACUUCUUCCGGGGGAGGGCGAGGUCCGACGGGGCGGGACCGCCCGAGGGGGUCCGCGUCGAGGACGGGGCGGCAUGCCCCAUCUGCUUGGACGAGCUGAAGGAGGGCGGGGGCGAGAGGGUGGUGGCGUGCGGGACGUGCCGGAACCCCGUGCACGAGGAGUGCUUGCUGAGGUGGAAGAGGAGCAGGGGGCGGCGGCCGGCCAUCUGCGUCAUCUGUCGGGGGAGGUGGAGGAGGGCGGAGCAGGAGAAUCCGUACGUGAAUUUGGGAGCUUUUGUUAGCGAGGAGGAUCAAGGUGAGAUCCAUCCGAGCAAUUGCCGCGAUUUGAGUAUCCAGUAGCGAUCUCAAAAUUGGAGGAAUGGCCACAUAAAAAAGAAAUCUAACCUACGAACACAAUCAUGGGAUGAUCGCUGUACAUACGCAAAUGUAUAGGUUCAAGUUAGACGUUCAAACUCUUUUUUUUUUUUUUUCCUCUGCUGACAGAUUAACUUGACCGUUUAAAUUCAGAUUAGAUUUCUGUUUUA